AGGGGGUCCAGCGAUCUGAACAGAGCCGAGCAGAGUGGUGGGCAACUCGUUCUGGGCGGCGCCAUGGGGAGCCAGCUGAGCACGCUGGGUGGCUUUGUGCUAUCCCCUGUCUGGUUCAUCUACAGCCUUUUCAUGAAGCUUUUUGGGAAGUCGGCUCCCCCCAUCACCCUAGAGAACCCUGAGGUGAAGUACCCGUUGAGGCUAAUUGACAAAGAGAGCAUCACCCAUGACACACGGAGGUUCCGGUUUGCCCUCCCAUCUCCACAGCACGUGUUGGGCCUCCCCGUCGGUCAGCACAUUUACCUCUCAGCCCGGAUUGAUGGGAACCUGGUCAUCCGGCCCUACACCCCAGUGUCCAGUGACGACGACAAGGGCUUCGUGGAUCUGGUUAUCAAGAUUUACUUCAAAGACACAAAUCCCAAGUUUCCUGCUGGCGGGAAGAUGUCCCAGUACCUGGAGAGUAUGAAAAUUGAUGACACCAUUGACUUCAGAGGCCCCAGUGGACUGCUGGUCUAUCAUGGUAAAGGGAAGUUUGCCAUCCGUCCCGACAAGAAGUCGGAGCCUGCCAUUAAGGUGGUGAAAUCGCUGGGCAUGAUCGCAGGAGGGACAGGCAUCACCCCGAUGCUGCAGUUAAUACGCGCCAUCAUGAAGGACCCCGACGACCACACCGUCUGCCACCUGCUCUUUGCCAAUCAGACAGAAAAGGACAUUCUGCUCCGAUCUGAGCUGGAGGAACUGAGGAACCAGCACUCAGCCCGGUUUAAGCUCUGGUUCACUGUGGAUAAAGCCCCUGAAGAUUGGGACUACAGCCAAGGGUUUGUGAACGAGGACAUGAUCCGAGAGCACCUGCCUCCCCCUGAAGUCGAUCCCCUGAUCCUCAUGUGUGGGCCUCCUCCCAUGAUCCAGUAUGCCUGCAUCCCCAACCUGGACAAAGUGGGGUACUCCAAGGAGCUGCGCUUCUCCUUUUAGGGGGGACAGUGACCUGGGGCAGCACGCAGGCGGGGAGCUGGCUUACGGGAACACGGUCACACAUAUACAUACAUUUACACAUAUGCACACAUACAUACACAUAAACCAAUGGGCCCGUGUCAGGUGCUGAGAAGCCACACCCGACCAUAGGUCUCUAGACUGGCAGCCCUCCCCCCAGGAAAGCAGGCAGGCCUCUGUACCUUCCCCUCCCAGGCUGAGUGGGUGACUGAGUUCCGUUCCUCCGCCAGGGGUGACAGUUCCCAGGUGGGCGGUCACGCUGGUCACUCGGCUGGAACGUAGCCACUCCCAGACACCGAAGCAUCUUUCCACAGUUCAUUUCUUUCAGUCACACGCUGCCUAAAAAGUCAAGGGUCUCUUCCUUUUUUUUUUACAUUUUUACAUUUUAUUUUUUCUUCUCCAAUAAACCCAGCUCCCAUGCAGGAAAGGGUUUCUCCAAAGGAGGUGGCUCCAGCCAUGGCUGGUCUGCACUCCCUUGGGGCCGUCACCCACCCAGGGGCCCGUCCCGGGAGCUUGAGCAGAGUCCCUAGGGAGCUCACAGGGGAUCCCACACGCCCACUACCCCUUCCGCAGGCUGGGGCAGCUUCCAAGUCCUGAAGGGGGCGAGAGGGGGCCAGCUCCAGAGGGGCCAGGCAGCAGGGCACCACGGCCUCCUGGGAAGUCACGAUGGCACCGGGAGGGCAGGCUCACUCCAGCCGUCCUCCUUAGCCCGUGGUGUGAUUCAUUUAUUCCUCUGCCUCAGAAGGGAAAUGGAAAGAAAGCUGCUUGUUUUGGGGGAAAAGUACUCAAAGAGUUGUGGAGGACUUAUAAGGAGGGGAAUCUGAAAGCUGGGAGUGGGCCAGGCGCGGUGUGAGGGCGGAAUUACUGGGCAAGCGGGUCCAGCUCCUCCGAUAGGAAGCCCAAGCGGUCAAGGUGUGUGUGUGUGUGUGUGUGUGUGGGUGUGUGUGGGUGUGGGUGUGGGUGUGAGAGAGAGAGAGAGACAGAG